UUGAUCACGUGGAUAGAUUUUAUAUCCAGAACUACUUGAAAAAAUAACCAACUUUUUUUACGAAAAUGUCAAAAUUGGCAUGUUAAACAUAAUUUCAUUUAUAUAUGCAAAUUUUAGUGGAAUAUAAUGACCCAAAGAUGAACCCUGAAGAAAUAGAUGAAACUGGAGAGACAGCUGAAGAUGCGGAAGGUGGAGCUGAAGAACAACCAAGAUUUCGGAUUCAGCGUGUUUUAAUAAAACCAGGAAAAUCUUUAGCCGUGCAUGGAGACGAAAAUUUAGCCACCAGACUUCCUCAUAUACCUGAAGAUCCUAAAGCGUAUACACCAAUGCCUUACGUCUUCAGGGUACCCACAACUUCAAUCCCAACAAAAAUAGUUAAUUUAUUAGCCCGAAGUCCUCCCUUUCAUCUGCUGUUGGACCAUACAAUUGCCGUCAUAUGGCUACUUUUUGGACAGGGAGAAUAUGACAGUCCCUUAGGUAUUGGCCAAUUACAAUGGGCUUUAGCAUUUCUUAAGACGGUACAAACAGGAACUGGUGAUUAUACUCAAGAUGUAGCACGUUGCAUCGAAACCAUCGAAAACAUUUUAAUAAAUAAUUAUGCCGAUUUAAACAAUGAUAUAGGUCCGGCCAGCAGGUUGGAUGAAACAGUUCGUUAUGGAGGUGGUGCUUUGGGUUCCAGCACCAUGAUAACUCAAGAAAUUCCAUUUUCGCUGAAUUAUUCAGAAAUUAUUUCGAAGGGCCCUUUGAAUCAAUACGUAAGCGAACAAAUAAUGUCGAUGACAUCUGUGGAAUGUGAGCAGGAAUUAGAAAAACUUAAGCAAGCAGGUGGUGUAGAUUCCAUUGAAAAUCUUGAUACUGUAUCAAGAGAGAAGGCAGUUAAUGUACUACGGAUGUGGAAGUCAGAUCAAGUCAAAAAGAUUCGUGGAGAUCUUCGACGUCUAAGAUCCAUAGAAGACAAGAUGCGAGAUAUUGAUGCAAGUUUUUCAGGAUAUCUGGAAGACCAUCCUGAAGGUCUAUUAGGAGUAAACUGAAAACUUUUUGUACACUAUUUUUAUUAAACCGUUUUAUUUGUA